AUGGCAGGAUGGCAGGAUCCCAUAAUUGGAUCGCGUGACUCCUCGGGCAGUUCUUCGUCUUCGUCUGCCGGGUCCUCGACCUCCUCGUCAUCGGGAAGUGGAGGCUCCAGCUCAUCCUCCUCGUCGUCUUCGUCGUCCUCCUCGUCGGCUGGAAGUGGAAGUCCCGCCAAGUAUCCGGUGCUGGUCUUCGUGCACGGCGAGUCAUAUGAAUGGAACAGCGGCAAUCCCUACGACGGAUCCGUGCUGGCCAGCUAUGGACAAAUAUUGGUGGUAACCAUAAAUUAUCGCCUCGGAGUGCUGGGCUUUCUGAAUGCCAACACGGACCGCUACUCCAAGCUGCCGGCCAAUUACGGCCUGAUGGACAUCAUUGCGGCGCUGCACUGGCUCAAGGAGAACAUCGCGGCCUUCGGCGGGGAUCCCAACAGCAUCACCCUCGCAGGACACGGAACGGGAGCCGCCUGCGUCCACUUCCUCAUCUCGUCGAUGGCCGUGCCGGAGGGCCUGCUCUUCAACCGAGCCAUCUUGAUGUCCGGCUCAGGGCUGGCCCCCUGGUCCCUGGUCAGUAACCCGGCCAAGUACGCCGCCAUCGUGGCCCACCACGUGAACUGCGCCUCCGACCUCCCGCACGCCCACCUCAUGAAGUGCCUGCGCGAGAAGACCCUGGAGCAGCUGCUCAGCGUGCCCAUUCGUCCGCCGGAGUUCGGCUUCGCCUUUGGGCCCAGCAUCGACGGCGUGGUCAUCGACGGCGGCGACUACGUGCCCCCCGCUCCCGGAUCUCCGGCGGCCCAGGCUCAGGCUCAAGCUUCCACGGCCGCCGGCAACGGAUUGGGCGGGGAGGCGGGAAUCGCAGCUGCGGGCGGCUGGGGAACACCGGGACAACUCGAGAAUAUCGUAUUAAUGAGAAAAACUGCCAUUAACAAGUUGUCAAGAUACGACCUGAUGGCCGGCGUGACACGUGCCGAGGCCUUUUUCAGCUUCAAUUCGGGCGACGUGCAAUAUGGAAUCGAGGCGGAUCGACGGUCGAGAAUUUUAAAGGCCUACGUACGGAACACGUACACGUUCCAUUUGAACGAGAUAUUCGCCACGAUUGUCAAUGAGUAUACGGAUUGGGAGAGGCCCGUGCAGCAUCCAAUUAAUAUCCGCGACGAAACACUGGAGGCGCUCAGCGAUGCUCAGGUGGUGGCUCCGGCGGCUCAAACCGUGGAUUUGCAUUCGGCGGACCAUCGAAACUCGUACUUGUACGUGUUCGACUACCAGACGCGGUUCGGUGAUUAUCCUCAGCGCCAGGGCUGCAUUCACGGCGAGGACCUGCCCUACAUCUUCGGCGCCCCGCUCGUCGGCGGUUUUAAUCACUUCACGCGCAACUACACCAAAACCGAAAUCAGUCUAUCGGAAGUUGUGAUGUUCUACUGGUCGAACUUUGUGCGCACGGGCAAUCCAAAUGAGCAAAUGGAAGCGGAGCAUGGGAGUCGCCAGGAACGGAGUCGCUAUAAGACAAUCGAGUGGACAGCCUACGAAAGUGUGCACAAGAAAUACCUCAAUUUCGACACCAAGCCCAAGCUCAAAAACCACUAUAGAGCGCACCGCCUGUCCUUCUGGCUGAAUCUCAUCCCGGAUCUGCAUAAGCCAGGCGGCGACAAUGUGCCCGCCGCACACCACCAGCUGCACGACGAUGACGACGAGGACAACAACAUAGCCAGCGACGCCUCCGUGAAGCCGCUCAAUCCGCCGUACAUUUCACGGGCGGCGAAUGCGGCGGCCAUGGCCAACUUUACGAUUUUCACCAACCAGGUGUUCUCGCUGCUCAAUCUCAGUUCGCCGUCCUCGUCGCUGCAGAGGAACGGGACUCGCUACGGGGGCGGUAAGAUAUAUCCGGACGACAUGAUGGACGGGGAUCCGGCAAGUGGGGCGGCUAGUGCCUCGCAGGAUAACGAUGGGUUUGCGGCCUACUCCACGGCCUUGAGUGUGACUAUCGCCAUAGGCUGCUCGCUUCUGAUCCUAAAUGUGCUGAUCUUCGCGGGAGUCUACUACCAAAGGGACAAGACACGACUAAGCGAACCCAGGCCGCAGACCAAGCUGAAGAGGCAGGAAAACGGACAAAUGCCGAAUAACAUAUGCGGGGACCUGGAAACUCUGACCAUCCACGCGAAGAGCGAUCCCGCCACAAUACUGUCGCACCACCAUGCCAUGCAGCACCACCAGCUGCCGCCGCCGGAAUUCGCAGACAUACCCCACCGAGCGCCGCCGCCUCCGAAGCACAUGAAGUCCCUGCAGGAUCCGGGGGGCGGGGGCUCGGUCAGCGGGGCGGUGGGUGUUUCCGGUGUGGUGCAAAUGCCGCCGCCACACGCCCUCCAGGUGAUGGGCAAUCAGUGCGGCACACUGACCAAGAAGAGCUGCAUGAAGCAAACCCAGGCCCAGGCCCAGGCCCAGCAGCACUCGCCCGCCCAGCAGCAGCAGCAGCAGCAACAGCAGCAGCAGCAGCAACAUGUGGUCACCCAUCAGCAACACUUGCAGAAUCAUCAUAAUCAAAGCAUGACCACUGUGCUGACCACGACCGGUGGAUUGGUGGUGCCCGCGCCACCCACUGUGCCGGUGAUUGUGGCCUCCACCACGCAGCACCAGCAGCAUCAGCAUCAGCAGCAGCAGCAACAGCAACAACAUCCGCUGAUGGACGAGCUGCGUGUGUGACAUUAAUUGACCGUGCGUUUUAAAUGUGACCUCUAAACGCACAGCCUCCUCAGCCCUUCGACCCGAACUCCUUUCCCAAUGCGUUUCAGCUGUCUCUACAUAUAAAGUACAUAGGGUAUAUGGUAGCCCGUAAGUGUGUAAGUGUGUGUCAGGAGUAAGAGCUGUGUCUAUCCAAUGCGCACAGACGCUUCUCUCCGCUCAACUUUGUUGCUAGUUGGUUUUAAAAAUUACCCUGUAAAUAGUUAACCAAGUGUAGAUUGUUGUCGAACUCUUUAUCAAGGAAAGUUAACUUGGAAUUUCAACUAAGCUGCAAAGUGUUCACCAAAUCGUUUCAGUGAUUAUUUUCUAAAACAUAGCAAGUAGUUUGCACUAAUUUAUAGUUACAGUUUCCUGUAGUUUAAUU